AUGCUCUCAAUUGCAGAUUUCUCCCUCCCUUUACCCAUCUCGCAAACCAACAAGGGGUUUCUGCACGAUGAGACCGACAGCAAGAGUCUCUGGGAGUUGCUCCGCACGCCCCACCCAGGCCGCAAAGCAACGAAGAGCCAACCGCCGACUCCACGAUGGAUCGCCCCCAUCUUCUCGAGACACUCUCUUUGGCAUGCCAAAACCAGUGCUUGCCGCGUUGGGGGUCAAACUGUAGGGCAAAACCCCUGCACCAGACAGCGUGCGUGUUGGGGCGCUAGGGCACCUCUUGGCGAAAGGCAUCUGGUUGCUUAUCCUCUAGAUCCAACACGGUUUGGCGGCCGGUGUGAUUUUGGUCGAGCGGAGUCGUGCCGCUAUUGUCCAACUCUUGAAACCUGGAAAGCCGCCCAAGCAGUUAGAGCCGCACCGACCCACCAGCCCCACCCCCAUUGUCAGUGA